ACACUUAAAUUUAAUUUCGUCAUGACAGUGAAAUUGGUAUUCUUAAGUUAUUAAAUUAAAAUAAUAUUGUUAUAAAUCACUAUUAAAAUAUGAAAUUGGAAGGAAAGAUUAAUAUCAAUGACAUUGGUAAAUUUAUUAUAACGGAGAGAACGUUACCCAAACAACCAAAUGAAUACUUGGAAGUUUCUUUUCCUGCAAAACUCACGUGUGAUACAGAAGCAGUUUUUGAUAACAUUAAUUUUCCUUUUGCUAUAUCGUCAGUAAAAAGUCAUAAAAUAAAGUCGUUACAAAUUCUAGGGAAAAGUGAUGAAAAGGAGGUUCAUGAAAUAGUUUUAGAAAAUGAAAACCAAUUUAAAUUUUUACCUGGUGAUACAAUUGGCAUUUUGCCAGAAAACGAUGAAGAAGAAGUAGAGUUUAUCCUAAAGCGUUUAGAUCUUCUAGAGAAGGCUGAUAUCCCAUGUAAGAUUCAACUUAAAAAUGUAUCGGCAAAAAGUGUGAAAAUUCCAGUUCAUAUACCAAAGCAAACAACAUGCAGAGUGAUUCUUACUAAUUUAAUAAACUAUAAGUGUGUUCCAAAAAAGUCACUAAUUUGCUCUCUUCUAAAUUACUGUGAAAAUGAAACGGAGAGACUUUUUUUGGAAACUCUUUCCAGUAAGGAAGGAAAUGAACUAUACAAUGAUUUAAUACUUAAGAAAUCAGUAAACGUUUUUGAUAUUUUAAAAGCCUUUGAAUCAUUGCAUCCGCCAUUAAGUUUACUUAUAGAACAUUUGCCAAGACUUUUACCACGACCGUAUUCAAUCUCCAACUCUUUUUUGAACAAUCCUAAGGAAAUGAAAAUAAUUUUCUCAAGUUUUAUAGAUAAUCGUGGAAUUACAACAAAAUAUCUAAAAAAAAUAUAUAAUGUUAAUAGUACAAAAAUCGUAAACCUGUAUUUUCGUCAACCAAGCAAAUUUAGAUUUGUUGAAGAAUAUUAUUCUAAGGAUAUUUUGAUGAUCAGUGUUGGAUGUGCAGUAUCUCCUUUUUUAGGCUUCUUGGAAGAAAAAUCAUACUUAAUGGAGCAGGGUUUGGAAAUGGGUCGCUGGUUUUUAUAUUGUGGUUUUAGGUGUAAAUCUACGGCAAUUUAUCGAAGUCGUAUUGUUAAUUAUGAAAAGAAUGGUGUUUUAGAAAAAUAUUAUGAAUGUCUGUCAAAAGAAGAAUCAACGGAAUCAGAAUAUGUUCAAGACGCCAUUAAAAAAUCUCAGGUUGAAUUUAGUUCGCUUGCAUUAAGUAAUAACAGUAUUCUGUUUAUUUGUGCUGACGGAAAUUUAAUAUCAAAAGAUAUUAGAGCAUGCAUACAAAAAUGCGUAUUCCCAGAUAUCGAUGAAAGUGAUUCCAAAGAUAUAAUACUUGACUGGAUUAAAAGUGGAAAAUAUAUUGAAGAAAUAUGGAUUUAAUAGUGUGCAAAAAAUAGAGUGAUAGUUUAUUUAAAAUUCAUGCGCUAUUUAAAAAUAAAAACACGCUA